AUUUAGGCUAGAUGCGCCAUUUUACCGCGUCCACAGCCAUCCGGCAAGAUGGUCCCCUUGCUUUGUCUACCCUGACCGGAGUUGUUUCUGUAUUCUCAGGCUAUUCUCGCUUCCGCACCAUCGAAAAUCUACAGCUUGGAUUGAACCGGGCCACCUAUACCAAAAAGCUAAACGUGUAACUGUCAGUUAAGAAAUGACGACGGUGAAAAGCAGGUAAAAUGAGUCUGGCUUCUUCUGAAUCACACCAAGACCAAAUGUCAGAAAAAGCAGAGGAGCCUGGUAGCUCAACGGAAAAUAUGAAGUCUUCCUCUUCUCGCAACAAGAGGAAGCCGGCUUCUGUGGCCAAGCACAGUGGAGCGAAAGGACCCGACUCGUCGGCGGAGAGUGAAAAUGAAGGUGCCACUUCUGACAAUCCUUCAGACAAUAACACAAGCAGCGUAUCUAAAGGCACUUUAGUGAUGAGGCCAUCUGGGAAUGAAAAUAAAGGCGCCAUGAAGCUCAGAGUGGAUUUCAAACCGAAACAUACAGAUGAUACCCUGCAGAAGAAAGUAAACUGCACUGCCUGUGGAAAACAAGUAAACCAGUUUCAGCGCAACUCUGUGUACGAGCAUCCUGCACUCAAAGUACUUAUUUGCAAGUCAUGUUACAAUUAUUACACAAGUGAUGACAUUAACAGAGACUCUGAUGGGAUGGAUGAGCAGUGCAGGUGGUGCGCUGAAGGUGGCAAGCUCAUCUGCUGUGACUACUGCAACAACGCUUUCUGCAAGAAGUGCAUCCUGCGCAACCUGGGCAGGAAGGAGCUGUCUGUCAUUACUGAUGAGAACUCAAAGUGGCACUGCUAUGUCUGCAGGUCAGAGCCCCUUCAGGAUCUGGUCUCCAAAUGCCACGGCGUCAUAGAAAAACAAGAACUUCAAUGCAAGCAACGAAAACCGGACAAAAGUGAGGAACGGGAGAGCAGGAGACACAAGAAUAAAGACGUCAAAGAGCACAAGGCAGUUGUUAAUGGGAAAGAACACACCGAAGGCUCAGGGACCAUGUCAUUCUCCUACAAAAAACUGCAGGUACCCAAAGAACUUAUUAAGAAAACAAAAAAGCUUGUUGAAACUACAACGGGUCUGAACCAUACUUUCAUCCAGUUCAUCCAGCAGUCAGCUAAGGAGCAGGAAGAUAAGUCUACCAGGUAUCGGCAUUUGAAAGCCUUCAAGGCCGUGCUUGCUGAUUUGAAAAAAGCACACAGUGCUUUGGAGGAUGCCUUGGGCCCUGAAUUAAAAAACAUGGAGUUGCAGAAUGGUAACGAAGGGCAACAUAUUUUGAGAAAGAAGAGCACUGAAGUUGUGACCCCUGUAGAAAACGACCAUGUGGAUAAAGUGGCAGAAGAGGACGUAGCGGCUGAGGAGGAUGCAGACGUAGCGGCUGAGGAGGAUGCAGACGUAGCGGCUGAGGAGGAUGCAGACGUAGCGGCUGAGGAGGAUGCAGACGUAGCGGCUGAGGAGGAUGCAGACGUAGCGGCUGAGGAGGAUGCAGACGUAGCGGCUGAGGUGGAUGCUGGCGUAGCGGCUGAGGUGGAUGCUGACGUAGCGGCUGAGGUGGAUGCUGACGUAUCGGCUGAGGAGGAUGCUGACGUAGCGGCUGAGGUGGAUGCUGACGUAGCGGCUGAGGUGGAUGCUGACGUAGCGGCUGAGGAGGAUGAUGACGUAGCGGCUGAGGAGGAUGAUGACGUAGCGGCUGAGGAGGAUGAUGACGCGGCUGAGGAGGAGGCUGACGUGGCUGAGGAUGCUAAGAUCAAGGCAGAGCAGGCUGACGUAGCGGCAGAGGAGGCUGACGUAGCGGCAGAGGAAGCUGAUGUAACGGCAGAGGAAGCUGACGUAACAGCAGAGGAGGCUGACAUGGAGCAGAAUAAUGACAAUGAUCAAGUGUCAGAUGAGACUGAAAUGAAAGACAGCCAAACUGAAACUGAUGUAACCAAAAAGAAAAUUAAAACUGAAGAAUGUGAGGAAACGCUAAUGUCAACUGGUGAAAUGUCCCUGGAUCACGACAUUAUGUCUGUGCCUCCUUCAGUUCCCGAAGAGCUUUUUCAGAUGGUGGAGAGUCUUGCAGAUUCCACCAUGCUCUCACAGACUGACACUGAUAUGGUCACAGACGCUGAUACAAAGUCAAAUGGAAACUCGACAGUCUCUAAAUCCCCCCAGCCCAAGGUGAAGAACCUCAUAGUCAAACUGACUCCUGUGCCUGUCGUGACGACACGUGGUGCAAGGCCCUCUUGGUCCAAAAACAGAGAAAAGGAUGGGAAGACGCAAAAAAAGGGUAAAAAAGAAAGUGAAAAGGAGAAAGAUGCAGUAGAUGGAACAGUCAGUCCACCACCCAGCCGUCGCUCUAGUAGACUGAAGACCACUCCCUUGAGGAAGCAGGCUGAGAAUAAAGGCAAGGAAGAGUCCUCCGAGUCAGAGUCAGAGGAAGAUCGUAAGGGCACAGCCAAAUCCUCCAAGAAAUCCAAAAACACCAAAAAAGAGGAUAGGGAGGAGACCAAGGAAUCAGACUCGGACGAAGUUCCUAACAUACUGCUGGAGAAAGCUGCAGCGGGCCGCAGCACCGAUGAUGAACAGGGAAACGCAAGUGCUAAAAAGUGUUUAUUCAAACUAAACAACACUUCCACAAAGGAUACGGAUAAAGCGUCCAAACGCAAAAGGAAGUCUGAAAGCUCUGAUUCAGACUUGGGGAACAAAAGUAAAAAGACGUCCAAGAAGAAGAAGAAGAAACAGAAUGCCUCAGAAGCCACCAACUCCGACUCAGACCAGGAGAAGGACAAAAAGAGUAAAGUGGCCACAGGGAAGAGGAGAUCUAGCCGUGUGAAGAAACAAGAUGAAGCAAAAGAGGAAGGCAAAAGCUCACCUGAGAAGAAGGCAUCCAAGCUGAGAAGGUCAUAUGAAAAGAAGCGCAAGGGAGGAAGCCCCAAAGCAGCCAAGCUGCAGUCGUCCUCCAGUGAAGAUGAAGAGGAGGAGGAGCAGGCUGAAGGUGACUCUGGAGAGGACAGUGAUGAGCAAAAGAUCAAACCCAUUGUGGAGGAUAACGUGGUGGGAGGAAGUGGCGCUUUCCGUCAAUCCUCAGGCGACGAAGGGGACGAUAAAGAGACAGUCUCUCGGGUGUGUGAAGAUGAUGACGAUGAUGAUCCUGAAAACAGGAUUGCAAAGAAAAUGCUUCUUGCCCAAAUAAAAUCCAACUACUCUUCUGGAGCAGAGAGCUCCUCCUCCUCUGAUGAUGAUGAUGAAGGAGCAGACAAGGACGAAAAGUCCUCCAAGAAAGUUAAAAAAGAGGAUGAUGAUGAUGAUGAUGAAGACGAGCAGGAAGACGAGGAUUCAGAAGAAUCUAGUUCUGAUGUUGAAGUGAAGAAGCGUAGUGGACGCCACAAAUUGCUUCGUCAUAAACUCUCGCUGAGUGAGGGUGAAUCAGGAGAGGACAAAGCUAGCGGUAAAGAGAAGAAGGGUGGCAAGAAGAAAUCCGGGAAAAAAGUGAGCAGCGACGACACUUCAGACACCGAAUUUGAGAAUUCAGUGUCCAGUGAAGAGUCUGGGCUAAGCGAGGAGCUUAGUGAAUCAGAGAAUGAAGGGAAGCGCCGAAAGACGAGAGCUUCGAAGAAGAAGGAUGAUGAGAAACAGAGAAGUUACAAGCAGCAGAAGAAGAAGCGACGCAGGAUCAAAGUUCAGGAUUCUUCUUCCAGCAAUGAGAAGACUGGAGAUGAAGAUGAAGACGAUGAAGACCGGAAAGGACGCAAAAAGAUACGCAAAAUCCUGAAGGACGACAAGCUGCGGACGGAGACGAGAGAUGCUCUGAAAGAAGAAGAGGAUAGGAGGAAACGUAUAGCUGAGAGAGAAGAAAUCAGGGUGAAACUUCGAGAGGUGAUUGUGGUGAAGGAGUCUUCACAGAUGAUCUGUCCCAUCACCACCAAGCUGGUGCUGGAUGAGGAUGAGGAGACCAAGGAGCCGAUGGUGCAGGUGCACAGGAACCUUGUCACAAAACUCAAACCUCACCAGGUUGACGGCGUGCAGUUCAUGUGGGACUGUUGCUGCGAAUCUGUGAAGAAGAUUGACAAGUCCUCUGGCUCUGGCUGCAUCCUCGCCCACUGUAUGGGUCUGGGGAAAACUCUGCAGGUGGUGACAUUACUUCACACUUUGCUGCUCUGCGAGAAGCUCGAGUUCUCCACAGCACUGGUGGUUUGUCCCCUGAACACUGUCCUUAAUUGGCUUACUGAGUUUGAGAAGUGGCAAGUAGGCAUGAAGGAUGAAGAGAGUUUAGAGGUGGUUGAGCUGGCCACAGUAAAGAGGCCACAGGAGCGAGCAUACGCCCUCCAGCGAUGGCAAGAUAUGGGUGGCGUAAUAAUUAUCGGCUACGAGAUGUAUCGAAACCUGACGCAGGGCAGGAACAUCAAGAGCAAGAAGCUCAAAGAGACCUUUCAGAAGACUCUGGUAGAUCCAGGUCCAGACUUGGUGAUCUGCGAUGAAGGUCACAUCCUGAAGAACGAAGCGUCCGCUGUGUCCAAAGCGAUGAACUCCAUCAGGACGAGGAGGAGGGUUGUGCUGACUGGAACGCCUCUGCAAAACAACCUUGUUGAAUACCACUGCAUGGUGAACUUUAUCAAGGAGAACCUGCUUGGGUCAGUUAAGGAGUUCAGGAACCGCUUCAUUAACCCCAUUCAGAACGGUCAGUGUGCCGACUCCACACUACAAGAUGUCCGGAUCAUGAAGAAGAGGGCUCACAUCCUCUAUGAGAUGCUGGCCGGCUGUGUCCAGAGGAAAGAUUACACGGCACUCACCAAGUUCCUGCCUCCUAAACACGAGUAUGUGUUGUCGAUCAGAGUGACUCCGAUCCAGUGUAAACUCUACAGAUACUACCUGGAGAACUUCACAGGUGUGGGGAAUGCUGUGGAGGGGGGCCGGGGCCGCGCAGGGACCAAGCUCUUCCAGGAUUUCCAGAUGCUCAGCAGAAUCUGGACCCAUCCCUGGUGCCUUCAGCUGGACUACAUCAGCAAAGAAAACAGGGGUUUCUUUGAUGAGGACAGUAUGGACGAGUUCAUCGCUUCAGAAACGGAAGACGAAUCUUCCAUGAGUAUGACCUCUGAGGACGAGAAGGCAAAAAAGAAAAAAAAGCAAGGGAAGGGAAAAAAGAAAGGAUCUGAUGACUCGGACAGUGAUGACGUGGAGGUCAUCAAGGAGUGGAACACCAGCUCUCGGGGCAAAAAUGGAGAGAGUCGAAGCAGACCAGAGCCUGUAGAAGAGCCUCGCACCACCAGCUCAACACCAGGGAAUCCCACUCCUGACUGGCACAAGGAGUUUGUCGUUGAGGCCGACGCUGAGAUCCUGGCGCACUCUGGAAAGAUGACGCUCCUCUUUGAGAUCCUGCGCAUGGCGGAGGAAGUAGACGAAAAAGUGUUGGUGUUCAGUCAAUCUCUCAUCUCUCUGGACCUGAUCGAGGAUUUCCUGGAGCUUUCUUGCAGAGCUAAAGAUGAAGACAAGGUCUCUCCAUACAAAGGUGAUGGCAAGUGGUUCAGGAACAUCGACUACUAUCGCCUGGAUGGCUCCACCAAUGCCAUCACCAGGAAGAAGUGGGCUGAAGAGUUUAAUGACACCAGUAACAUAAGAGGUCGUUUGUUCCUCAUUUCAACGCGAGCUGGCUCUCUUGGUAUCAACCUGGUGGCAGCCAACAGGGUCAUCAUCUUCGACGCCUCCUGGAACCCUUCCUACGACGUCCAGAGUAUCUUCAGGGUCUACCGCUUUGGUCAAAUUAGGACCGUCUAUGUGUACCGGUUCCUGGCUCAGGGUACAAUGGAGGAGAAGAUUUACGACCGGCAGGUAACCAAACAGUCACUUGCAUUCCGUGUGGUGGACCAGCAGCAGAUUGAGAGGCACUUUACAACGCACGAGCUGACAGAGCUCUACACCUUUGACCCGGACAUGCUGGAUGGUCCCUCAGAGAAGAAGAGCAAGAAAGCCACACCCUUGCUUCCAAAGGAUCCAUUCCUGGCUGAGAUGCUGCAGAUUAAUAAGGACCAUAUCAUGUGUUACCAUGAACACGACUCCCUGCUGGACCACAAGGAGGAGGAAGCCCUGAGCGAGGAGGAUCGCAAGGCUGCCUGGUCUGAGUAUGAAGCAGAGAAAAAGGGUGUUUUCAUGAAGUCCAACUACCAGGCAGGAUACCCUCAGAUGGACACUGGCGCCUCCAACUACUUCUCCUUUAACAUGGCGGCUUUGGCCUCCAUGACCAACCAGCAGCUGGAGGACCUUAUAAACCAGGGACGACAGAAAGUCAUUGAAGCAACAAAUUCAUUGAAGUCUAUAAUACGGGAGCCACUGGAAGAUAUUAUCGGCCGAGCGUGGAAGGAGAAUCCAUCCCUCACAGAAGCUCAGGUCCAGGCCGUAGCGCUGGGACGACAGUCCAGUGUGGAGCUGGAGCUCAAGCACAGGGAAGCCGUGUACAGGGACGUGCUCACCAGGCAACAGACGCUGAUGAUGUACGUGCAGAAGCUGAUCACCAACAGGAAGGUGCAGGAGCAGCAGCUGGCCAUGGCUAACCAGGCCAACUACCUGAACCAGCUGGCCAUGCAGAACGGCAUGAUGGGAGGUGCUGGGCUCAGCCAAAUGGACCUGGUGGGGCUUUACCAGCAGCUCCACGGCAUGGGAGGAAACAUGGGCAAGAACCCUGGGCCCUCCAAGGGCCUGUAGGUCAGAGGGACUGUUCCUCACCGCCCCACUCAGCUAGCCGGCUCCCAGUGGGCCAGUCCAAGCGAGGCCCGGUUCUCUGUAACGCACUGUGACACCAACGCUCGGCUCAAAGCAAUCUGGUGCACAAAGCAGAGGGUGGAGUAGUUUUGAGACUAGGCUGCUGUCCACUGGGGCCUCAAGUGGGAUAGACUCUCAGUUCUUUAUUCUGUAGUUCACUGAGAGAAGGUGGAAUAUAAUUUAUAAAUAACUGUGAUAUGGGUCUAUGAGGAAUUGCAACAGAAAGAAAAUGUAUAUACCGCCUUAAUGUUAUUCAAGCUCUAUAGCUUCAUUUUUCACGUAUUUAAAGACAAACUAAUUUUACCCCCAAUGUUUCUAAGCAUUGUAUUGUUUUUCUCUAAAAAGAGGGUUUCCUUAUAAUUUAAACUCAGUUUUUUUAUACUGUUUUAAAUGCUAACUAAACCUGAGUGGGACCAGUGUCGUUGGUGACAGGACUCUAUAUUGUAAAGCUCUACGUGAUUAUUAGACCCAGUAGAUUCCUUCACCAAUGUCUAGCAAAGCAGACAGCUGAUGGUGCUGCCAAGUCCUGCUCUUUUUGGGAGAUAGAAAUUGACAAAAACAGAAGAAGAAAAAAUGAUGGCCUUAUUCAUUUCCUAAAAAAAAGAAAGAAAAAAAAGCUCUGUAAAGAUUUGAGAUUUGUUAAGAAUCUUUUCUAUUUUGCUUUUAAGUGUUUACAUUAGUUGUUGCUGAACAUGGUAAUGAAAUGCUUGUGUUGUUCAAAACUGCCUGCCGGUUCCUAUGACCUUUUUGUAACAUCAUUCUCAUUGUCACGUGUUGUCUAGCAUAGCACUGUGCGUCCUGUUCAUUGUUUAUGUUCCACUUGUGUUGAUCCCAAACUCGGGUGAGUGACUGGGUCUCACAAAGCACGGCCAGUUCAGCCGGAUAUCAAAGGGCCCAAAUCUUUUCCCUUUACUUGUCUGUCAAAGUUUAAUUAUGUGAUUUAACAUGGAAUUGAGUAAAGAAGGAAAUUGUAUUGUAUAUCUGGCUGAGUUGUGUCAUCUGCUUUGUGAGAAAUGCCUUCUGGACACUAGUCUCACCAGGAAGGCCCCCAGAGCACCCGAUCUGUAUUCUACUUUGGCACAUUUUUGCUUCUAAAUGCUUAAACUGGUGUAGCUGUUAUUAAAGAGGAAUACGUACAUUUCUCUCAAAGAGAUGUUGUCUCUAGGUGGCUCCUGUGUUUGCACAAGGUGUAUUUCAUAAAUGUAGAGAAACUUUUUUGCCCUCCUCUAAGAAUGUUCUUAUGUUAGCAAAUGCACCAACAUGAUUUGCCAUGAAUCUGAUCUGCUAUUAUCUUGAUAAGUAUUUAAUAUAACAUUUAAUAAAGUGACCAAAAGGAUGAGCA